ACGUCACCGCGGCCUUCUUCCGGUGGAGUGGUCCUUGCUGCUGCUGCUGCUGUCUGUCAACAUCAUUCAUUUCCAGAAGGCAUCUGUGAUUGGAACUAUUGUUAUACUUUUAAUUGUUAGUGUCUGCCGCGCGCUAACUGUCCGCCAUGCCAAUGUAUCAGGUAAAACCCGUCUGUGGUGGAGAAAUGAACGUUGAUGUACCUACGUGCAUGUACAAGUUACCAAAUAUCCACGCGCAGCAAGGAAACAGCCGCACGUCUGAGCACGCGCUGCAGAACGGUGAGGUGGACUCGGCAGUCAAAGCUCUGGAGGUCCGACAGGACGAGAUCAUGAGGAAGCUGUACGAGCUGAAAGCGGCUGUGGAGGGACUGGCCAAGACGGUGACCACUCCAGACGCAGACCUGGACCUGACCGUCAGCAGCAGCCUCUCCUCUCAAGCCUGUAGCUCCACACUCUUUAAAGGCGCCACAGACCUGGACACGCUACUGGGCAAGGACCUUGGUGCUCUCCGUGACAUCGUCAUAAACGCCAACCCAGCACAGCCACCUCUGACCCUGCUGGUGCUCCACAGCCUGCUGUGUCAGCGCUACAGGGUACUGUCCACAGUCCACGUUCACUCCUCAGUUACCAGUGUGCCACCACAGCUCCUGUCCUGCCUCGGUCCACGUCACGCCGACAGCUACGCCCGCCACAUGUUCCAGCUGGGCUUCACCCUCAUAUGGAAAGACGUUCCCAAACUGCAAAUGAAGUUCAGUGUCCAGAACAUGUGUCCCAUUGAGGGUGAGGCCAACGUGGCCCGCUUCCUCUUCAAGCUGCUGGCUCCCUACCCCAGCGACCCUGCGCUCGCCACUCUGGUGGACAGCUGGGUGGACACAGCGUUCUUCCAGUUGGCCGACUGCAGCGCCAAAGAGAGAGCGGUUGUCCUGCGGGCCCUCAACUCCACCCUGGGCCGCAGCCCUUGGCUGGUGGGGUCAGAGUUCUCCCUGGCUGACAUUGCCUGCUGGUGCUGUGUGCUGCAGAGCGGCGCCGCCCCCUCUGCUCCCAGUAAUGUCCAGCGCUGGCUCAUGGCCUGUGAAAACCUGGGCCACUUUGGCCCGGCCAAACUACUUCUGCAAUGACCACUGCUGAUGCAAAACUAGACGUCGGAAGAGCCACAUCGGGAUUGAGGAGGGCAUUAGAAUAUUAAAAUAUCCCAGUCGUGUGUGAAAGGCCCUCUAAUGCUUCCUCCCUUACUGUAUUAUAUCACUAAACUGUUGAACACUGAGCAGAUGCAAUGUGGCCGAUGGUCGAAGUAACUUAAGUAUGUUUGUCUCUAUCAUGCUGCUUUUGUAAAACAAGAUUUUCUAUGCUAUUUUUUGGGAGGAAGCAUGAGAGGACCAUGAAGGCUCGGUGUAGCAUAAAGGUACUGACAGAUAUUAGCUUAACACACACUGUACACCUUCCACCCACUCUGUGCCUAACACGAUCCUGUUCUAAAUGUGUGUGUUAAGGUGGUGACUGGUAUUACUCUGUCUUUUCAAAAGUAAUACUUUGUACCAUUUUUUUCUGAUGUCAUUAAAACUACAAGUUUGGAUCAAA